CCGGCGAACCACCCGCCCGGAAUCGUCGUCGUCACAGCUCACGAGCAGCGGCAAGUCAGCCCACGACGCGCUCGAUUCCAACAGCCUGAACCAGUCCAUUCUCCAUGGAUGGGCCAGCCGCCGCCCUAGCCCUAGCCUAGCACACCUCCCCCGCGUCACCCGCUCCCAGUUGCCCAUCCACCCAUUCUCAGGCGAGAAAAGCACGCGCACAAGGCGCGAGGAAGCAUCGGCGAGACCAAUCCGAGAAACAGACGCGCAGAAAACGGCGGCGGGCGUUCAACAUCCGAAGCCGCCGCCCCGGACCGAGAAUCCAAGAAACAGAGGCGCCGAGGGCGGAGAAGCGCAAAGAAUCCAAGAAACAGAGGCGCCGAGGCAAGCAAGAAACAGAGGCGCCGAGGCAAGCAAGAAUCAGAGACCGCGCGGCUCGCCGCCGUCAAGCUCGCGGCCGCUGUCCCUGCAGGGAAGGAGGAGGAGGAGGUGGUGCUCUGCUCGUCCUUGACGCCGCCGUUGAUCUCGCCCGGCCGGCUCCGGCAGGAGGAAUCUCUGCUCUUCGUUCGCCCUCCCGUGCGUGAGUACCUGUCGUAGCUGCACCUGUCAUUGAGCCCGCCCGGCAGGGGAUCCGCCCGGCGAAUCCAUCGAAUCCCCCCUCCUACCCGCGCCGGAGACCAAGAUGCCGCCACCGGCGCCGGCCAUCCGGCUCGGGGCCCCGCCGCCGCCCCCGUACCUCAGGACCCACGGGGCCAAGAUGGCGCGCCGGCACAUGUACGAUUGGAUCGUGCUGCUCCUCCUCGCCGCCAUCGAGGUCGCGCUCAACCUCAUCACGCCCUUCCACCGCUUCGUCGCCGAGUUCAUGAUGGAGGACCUCCGCUACCCCAUGAAGCCCAACACCAUCCCCGUCUGGGCCGUCCCGAUAUACGCCGUCAUCCUGCCGAUGCUCAUCUUCGCCGCCAUCUAUGUCAAGAAGAAGAAUGCCUACGACCUGCAUCACGCCAUACUAGGCCUGCUGUUCUCCGUGCUCAUCACCGGCGUCCUCACCGACGCCAUCAAGGACGGCGUCGGCCGGCCUCGCCCCAACUUCUACUAUCGCUGCUUUCCUGACGGAGUGCCGAACUACGAGGCGGUCACUCGACAAGUCAUAUGCCACGGAGACCCAAAAGUCAUCAAAGAAGGGCACAAGAGCUUCCCCAGUGGCCACACUUCAUGGUCCUUUGCCGGGCUGGGCUUCCUGUCGUGGUACCUUGCCGGCAAGAUCAGGGUGUUUGACCGGGGCGGACACAUUGCCAAGCUCUGCGUCGUGAUCCUGCCGCUGCUCUUCGCUGCGAUGGUCGCCGUGUCGCGGGUCGCAGACUACUGGCACCACUGGCAGGACGUGUUUGCUGGUGGGAUCCUUGGGCUGGUUGUUGCUUCGUUCUGCUAUCUGCAGUUCUUCCCGCAUCCGGCUAGCAAACACGGGCUGUGGCCUCAUGCAUUCCGGCAUCACGAUUCUAACCCGGAGACUGAGAACCAAGGAACAACAGAUCCCCAUCAGUCGGUGCUGCCGUCCACGGUACAAUAUGUUGCCUCCAUGGAGAUGAGAACCAAUGGCCGAGCGUUGGAUAACAUGGAGGCUGGCAGCGGCAGAGCCUGGUAACUGAAUACGACCGCCAUGGGGAUGGGGGGCAGGCACGCACCACCAUGAGAGACAUCACCUUGUAGGUAGGUAGGUACUAGUAAAACUCUUGUUUUGUAUAUGUUACUUGUGAAGACAAAUGAAAUUGCGCGAUUUGGUUCGUUGUUGGACCGAAGUAGAUCUAGCCCUUGAGUUUUCAGAAUCAAUACAUUGAUCUAGUCCUAAACAAGUGCAUUUUCUGUUCAUGCAAGUGCAGUAUAUACUUUUGCUAUCA